GCACAUGGAUAGGGAACUGGCUACAGGAUCUUGUCCAGAGGAUGGUUGUUAAUGGUACAUUCUCUACUUGGAAUAGGGUUCUUAGUGGGGUCCCUUAAGAGCCACUUCUGUUUAAUAGAUAGUAACAAUGGAACCAGGUAAUAUGACUUACCUGCAGUACCUGUAAGUGGCCAUUAGAGGGUGGAAAAUCCUAACAAUGAGCAGAAUCAGUCUCUUCUCCCUUCUUAAUAGGUUCCCAGGCACAUUGUGCCACUCUCUAUAUACACCAGGGAUGGGCAGGGUAAUAACACAGCAGGGGGGUUGCCGUCAUUGGCACAUGUGACCCGGAUUCUUAUAGGUGAAUUCAUACCAGUCAGUUGGAGGUGUGAGAGUAUUUUCCCAGUGUGGUAUUGGGAUAAAUCGUGAUUUUUUCUGGGUCUCUCAGACCCAGGAGCUGACACUUCUCUCAAUAUGACAAUAUUUAGGCUCCAUCCCAAGAUUAGGGAGAUGUUAGAUUGGAGCAUAUUUGCAUGUCCCUACGCAUGAUUCCUCACAAUGGUCUUUCCAGGAUUAUAAGGGGCCCCAGAGGCACUGUGAGGUUAAUGCACUUUAUGGGUCUGGGAGUUGGGGCCAUAGACUGCCCAUAGACUGCUAUAUGAGGAAUUGGAAGGGUUAGGAUUUUAUUCGUUGAUGCUCUUUGUAUUUCCCUGCAGAUUCUGGGCUCCAAACUGCAUCCCGGCUGGAAGUGUUUAGUUCUGGGGAUCCUCUCCCAGUGCCUAGAUUUUUUUCUCUGUUUCUUCUUCUUGUGUCUCUACAUGAUGAAGUGCUCAGGGGACACAUGACAUGUCCAGAUCAGCAUCAAAGUGAUAGUAUGUACUCUCUGUAUUUAUACCUAUGGGUGGGUGCUGCUAUAUUGCUUUAGCUAUAGGUACAACACUAUCUUGUAUUAUGUUUUUGCAGGGAGAAUGCCUGUAUAUUAGCUGCACAGACGGACUUUAUAUAAGCAGCAGUGAGAGAAAAAUACCAGGGAAUAUUAGUGCUUUGCUGGGGCCCAGUGGAGUCUCACUUCUCCUGGGGGCUGGAUAUUGUGUCUGUGCUGGUUCCUUCCCCGAGCAAGUAAGCAUGAUCGCUAUCAUCAUUAUCCUGUUGCUCCUAAUCGCCCUGAUUAUUGGACUUGGCAUCGCAGGGAGCAAACUGACCAUCGCUGUGACAGGGGUGUACACAGUGGGGCGCAUAGGUGAUGAUGCAAUUUUAGGCUGCACCUUCAUCCCAGACACAGCUCAGGCGAAUAACAUCCAAUGGGUGAAGGUGGGGACGAGUGGUGUGGUGUACAAGUACGAGAAUGGAAAGAGUGUAUUGACUGAUCAGAAUGCAGUCUUCAGAGGCCGCACCUCCCUCUUCAUCAGCCAGAUCAUAGCGGGUAAUGCCUCCCUAAAGCUCACCCAGGUAAAGCUGUCCGACGCCGGCACCUACAAGUGUAUCAUCUCCAACGCCAAAGGAACCGGCGACGACACCCUGACAUUCAAGGUUGGAGGUUAUACCACUGUGACUAUGACCAGACCCUCCAACGACACCCUCCGUUGUACAUCUUCAGACUGGUACCCCAAGCCUAAUGUCACUUGGGAAAGUACCUCUGGAGCCAACAUGACCAACGCCAUCAAAACCAGCUACCCGCCAGCUCUCUUUAACCUCACUGACGUGACUUCAGAACUGAGUGGGGCCCAACUGGGCUUGGAGUAUACCUGCAAGAUACAGACAGACCUGGCUCGUGCACUAGGGGUCUCAAUGCUAACAGAUUAUGGGCUCCAAACCACAUCUCGACUGGAUGUAUUUAACUCUGCGGCCCCUCUCUCAACCCCUUGCCGCAUGAUCUGUGUCUUCCUCCUGUCUCUCCUUCAGGGAUCUGUCUGUCACUAGAUGCUCAGGGGAAACAACUCACUGACAGUAUGUCCAGGUUCUAAUAACAGGCUUUGUAAAAAAAAAAGUCAUUACCGUCUGGGCCCAACCCUAUUAGCCUAUCAUCUCUAUGGCUGCUGCUGCUUGAAGUGUUGCUACAGAGAAUGUACAAGUUCUUCCAGUCAUGAAAUCUCCAAGGCCCACAGGGCCAGACAAUAAAAAAUUGACACCACAUGGGUCUCUAUGUGCCAUGGAGGGGCUCAUUUAAGCUGAACCAUAUAACAAAGACUGGUUCACAGAUGGUGGUCUCAGGAGAUUGUUUUCAGGGUUAUUGUGAUAUCAAGUUCUGUUGAACCCCUGACUCAGAAGAUGGAGGCCUUGCCCAUGUUUCCCAGGAGCUUAUGGACCCUAACAGGAGUUCAAAUCAUGGACUAGAGCCUCACAACAAAAUGACUUGUACAACAUUUCCUAGAACUUCUUAUUGUUGGCCUUCUGUGGGAACCUCCGUUUGUAAAGCCCCAAUCACUAUGGAAUUGGGCGUUGAGCUAUAAUGACAAUAUCUGAGAGCUUUUCAGAUCUCCCUCAUGGAGUCCUACUAACAAGCUCUGGAACUAACAUAGACUAAUACAUAAUGUUGUUGCACACUGAAUUUAAUGAAAAUGGAAUGACCAUUUAGAAGGCCAAUGGAUAGAAACAAUGGGAAUACUAGGAAGUGAAAGUGUAAAUUAUUAUAUGUUGCCUCUUUACUGCCCCUUUACUGCCAUAUUGUCCUGAGUUAUUUCUUUUUAAAAAAGAGCCUAUGCCAUUCCCAGAUGUGUGGGGCUGGAAUAACAUGUCCUGCUGUAGUUAUAAUUCUGGAUGACAUGCCUUAUUCUAGUGUUGAACCUGAAUGGGGUACAGUGAAAAAAAUGCCGGUCAAUAUGUUGUGGGGAAACACUUGCAAUCAAACAUUCCAAAAGUGA